UCAAAUCAUAUUACAAAUCGCAAUCCGCUGAUUCGAUGGGUGUAAUUUCUAAUAGUUUUUAGAAAAUGUCUCAUAUUGAUAUAAUAUAAACAAAGAAAUGGAAGAGAGUGAGUUCUUCAAACAGACAGUGCAACACUUAGCCCGGUGUUUGUCCAGUAUAAAUCCAACACCAUGGGAGAAGGUCAACACCCUGUUUAUGCUGUGUCCUCAAGCAACUUCAUCCCUUGUUGUCACUGCUCGGAGCCAAGAGGCAUCUAUAGCCCUUGGCCUGUACUUCCUCCAGAGCAAGUUGCAGCAUCAGGACAAACUCUUACCGUAUUUUUUGAAGGUGCUAAAGUGUCUCACAAAUGCACAGUUUGAGGAGCCAUUGUACAGGAUUAAAAAUGGAGACCGUAUACCAAUGGCUGAGAAGUUCAGCUUUUGCCUCAACACGCUCCUCUCCGACGUUGCAUCGAAGCAACAAUCAUUACGAGAGGAAAUCAUCACGGCUCAGAUUGAGCUCAUGUCGAACCUGACGAAGAUCAUCAUUAGUUGCUUCGAGAGCAAAGAUUAUAGCGGAACUUCUAAACUUCAAUUAUGCAAAAGCACAAUUCCAGUGCUGAUUGGUCUGGCUAGGUCCAUGGGGAGGUACGCCACUGUGGAACCGCCUUUACUCUGUCGCUUGUUCCCUCAACCACCAAGCCCAGUAAAGACGAAGGAACCCGAACCCAGCUUCGAAUACUCUACCUUAGACAAGAAGAGAAAAUUCAACCAAUUCAGACCUAUCAUACCGAGAUCUUUGUCAGGGAAUUUGAACCUUAAUAACGAGAAUGUUAUGGAGAAUGGAAGCGAUACCGUGGAUAGUGCAGAAGGCACUCUUAAACGUGGUUCUCUUCAUAGUUAUCAUUCUGUGCCAUAUGAUCCCACAACAUACUUCUUUCAUAAGUUUGGCUCGAGUUUUAAUCAGUUCCCAUACAUGAGGUUCUCGGAAUCUCCAGAGAAAAGGAUCAGUGUGCAAUUUUAUGUUACGUAUCUGCAAUCGAUAUUGUCGUUGGCGAAGAAAUUGCUGACUAAAGACCUGCUCGGCUUUCUGGACGAAGAAGCUGAGGAUAUUUAUGCUUCGGGGCAAAUUCAAGUAUUUCCAUAUAAAUCGUUCUCUGAGACUCUGAACUUGGUGAUGGUAACACUCUUGAGAGAGCUAUUACAACAUCAAAAGGAUCUUCCCGGUCCAUUUACUAAAGAUGUUCAGGAAUUCGUAAAAUGUUUGUUCCUUAGCGGCCAAACCGAGUUGCAGAGUCGCCAUCACGACGCCUCAGAGAGGGAAGACAGAGAGAGUAAUUUCGCAACAGUUAAUAAGUUUAAAGUGAACGUAAUGGCUAAUUCAGCGUGUGUGGAUCUUUUGGUGUGGGCCAUUGGAGAUGAAACAGGAGCGGAUUCGUUAUGUGGACGUUUAACGGAGAAGAUAAACUCUAAUCAUAAUCACAAAUUGAUAUUAGCACACAUGCCGUUAUUGAUGGUGUGUCUUGAAGGACUCGGUAAAUUGGCAACAAAAUUCCCAUCUAUAGCGAACACGUCUAUUUAUUGUUUGAGAGAUUUUCUAGUGACGCCCUCGCCUAUUUUGUUUAAAUUACACAAAUUGGAAUUGGAAAAGACUGGCAAAGAACAUAUGAAAGUAACAUUACAAGGUAAAGAAUUGCAAGGUCUAACAGAGUCAGGAGUGCCGGUUAAAUCGACACCGUUCGAGAAACUUCGAGAUGCUGCCAUAGAGAAUCUAUGCGUGGCGUUAGAGGCAGCACUAACAGUGGACCCCUACUGCGUUCCCGCUUUAGUAGGGUCAGUUAGUAACAGAUUGUUCACAGCUGAAACAAGUGACAGUGAAUCAUCAUUAAUAAGCACGAAUAUAGUGAUAAUGCUGGGUCACGUGGCAGUAGCGUUGAAGGACACACCCAAAACUACAGACACGAUACUACAAUUCUUCCAGCAGAGGCUUUGUCGAGCGCCAUCAUCGUUGGAUACCCUCAUUGUGGAUCAGCUGGGUUGUAUGGCGCUGGCCAGUCCCGAGGGCCCCGCUCACGAUGAGAUCAUGCGCAUGUUCACCGUCAUCACGGUCGAGUCGGCGAGCGCUGCGUACCAUCACACCGAUGAUAAGAAGCAGUACAGACACGUGUCGGGCGCCGUGCUGAACGCGCUGGCGAACAUCGCGGCGAACGUGCGCGGCACGGCGGCGCGGCUGGAGCUGCUGACGCGGCUGCUGGAGCUGUUCGUGCAGCUGGGGCUGGGCGGCGAGCGCGCCACGGACCGCUCGCCCGCGCCCGUGCUCAAGGCCUCCGCCUCCGCCGGCAACCUCGGCGUGCUCAUACCGGUCAUCGCUGUACUCGUUAAAAGGCUGCCGGCGAUAAAGAAUCCCAAGCCGCGUCUCCACAAACUGUUCAAAGACUUUUGGCUGUAUUGCGUUGUGAUGGGUUUCACAGCUGCCGAAUCAGGACUAUGGCCGCAGGAAUGGUACACGGGUGUGAAAGAGAUAGCUGUAAAAUCACCGUUCCUUGUCUCGCAAACGUCGCUCCGUUCCGAAUUCCGAGAGUUGCAUUACACAUCCGCAGUGCGGAACGAUUCGGUGUCGAUGAACGAAUUACAAGAGCUGAAGACGCAAAUAUUGAACUUGCUCGAGCAUCCGCCAGAUGUCACUGUGAUCGUCAAUAAACUGAUGUUCGCUCCGUGCAUGUAUAUACUGAGCGUGUAUUGGUUGGAGACUUUGCGUGUAUGUAAUUCACCGGAGCCUAGUUUGCAACCCAUCAUAGAAUAUUUGAGCGACACAGCGUUACAGAAAGACAAAGCUGGCAUGUGGCAAUGUGUUGCCAGUGUCGGCGAUAAAGUAUUCCAAAAAUUCCUGGAUGUGAUGUCUGAGAAGGUGAAGGACGAGUCGCGCGAGCGUGAGCUGGAGGGACAUGCGCAGUUCUUGCUGGUCAACUUCAACCACAUACACAAGCAGAUCCGACGCGUGGCGGACAAGUGGCUCGCCGGGUUAGUCGAUAGAUUCCCGCAUCUGCUGUGGAACUGUCGGGUGCUGUGGUCAAUGCUGGACAUUCUGCAGGUGUUGAGUUUUAGUUUGGAAUUGGAUGCGAAUCAAGAAACGCCGCUGUUGAAAGUGCCCGGCACAGAUUUUACAUUGCAACUGCAAGACACGUUGGAAGGUAGAGAGAGUAUCGUGAAAGAUUUCGCCGACCGUUGUCAUGGGAUCGUUCAGGAAGCGAUGAAGUGGGCGCCGCAGUCUACCCGGUCACAUUUACAAGAGUAUCUUAACCUGGUUCCAAACUCGACCCUCUGGCAUCACUGCGGGCUGGCGCUGGCCACGGGCGCGCUGCUGGGCGCGGCGGGGCUGAACCGCGCGUCGGCGCCGCUGCCCCGCGCCGCGCUCGACAAGCGCCCGCCGUGCGUCACGCACGACUCCGCCGCGCUGCUCGCCGUCGUGUCGCAGCGCAGCAGGUACGCCGGGGAGAUAGCUGGCGCAGUGAUGGCGGAGGGCGGCGGCGAGGCGGCGGUGUGGCGCGUGGGCGCGCGCCUGCACGCCAGCCUGCGCGAGGCGUGCACGGGCGGCAGCGAGACGGCGCACCGCGCGGCGCUGUGGCGCGCCACCGCGCUCCUCGUGCACUCCCGGCACCACGCGCACGCGCAGCACGCGCCCGCGCACCCCGCCGCCAGGCACCUGCUGCAUUCACUAGCGUGGUCGCAAGUCGAGAUCUUCACUGAAGACGCGGUGACGACAGCGGUGGAAUGCUGGCAAUGGUUGACAACAGCACGGCCGGACCUGGAGCUGCGUUUGCUGCAGGAAAUAUUCGCGGCGUGGCAGUCCACCGUCGAUAGGAAGAUGGGCUUGUUCUCGAAACAGGCCGAGGAGAUCAGCCCCCUGGCGGCAUAUGAAGGUUCAAAGCUGGAGCCGCGUCCGCCGUUCGUCGCGCCGCACGCGGUCUGGGUUCGUUACCUGUGCGAAGUCGCGGACACGGCCAAGUACAACAGCCAAGAGAAAGUCGAGAUGUUGGCCAGUUUACUACAUAGAUCUCUACCAAUAACCGUUGGCGAUAUGCGGGAUCACAUCAACAGGCAUGUCGAGGCUGUCGGCGUUCGGUUUAAGUUACUCUCUUGCGGCUUAUCUCUCCUACAAGGCGACAUACUACCCAAAUCGCUAGCCCGCAACAUCCUCCGCGAGCGAGUGUACAGCGCUUGCCUAGACUACUUCUGUAGGGGUCUGCAGUGCCCCUCCAAGGUCUCAGGAGCCCUGCGAGAGGACAUCAUAUCGCUCAUCAAGUUCUGGCAACUGAUGCAUUCUGAUAAGAAGUAUUUGAAGAGCAGUGAUAUUGGAGGCGAAUUCGAACUGAUGGGUCCGAGCAGUCAGCAGAGUAUAUACACGUCGAACUCUCCGACGGACAAUCGCUCGUCGGUGAACAGCAGCGAUAUAGGGAGUCGGCAGACCACUGGAUGGAUUAAUACGGUGCCAAUGUCGACAACGACAUUGAGUAGCGGUGCUGGAAGUAUAGCGGGCAAGCGCUCCAACCGUAGUGUCAAACCGCCUGUCAAGUCGCAGGACACAUUCGUCAAGGACUAUGUUAGGAAAAGGAAUCUUAUACUGGAGCUUAUGGCAGUGGAGAUCGAGUUCCUGGUGACGUGGCACAACCCGCACGGGCGCGCGGAGCAGGCGGUGCCGGGCGAGGACAACAUCGCCACGUGGCGCUCCAAGCUCAACGCCGAGCGCACGUGGCGCGACCACGCCAAGCUCGCCUGGGACAUCAGCCCGGCGCUCGCCGUGUUCCUGCCGGAGAGGUUAAAGAAUGACGCUAUAGUGGCGGAGAUCAGGCGUAAGGUGCAAGCGCAGCCUGUUGCGGUGUGUCACAUACCACAAGCGCUCAAGUACCUGGUCACCACUGAUACCUUGCUCAACGACGCUCAGGAGUUGGUGCAUAUGGUAACCUGGGCCCGCGUGAGUCCGGUAGAAGCGCUGUCGUACUUCAGCCGCCAGUACCCGCCGCACCCGCUGUCUGCGCAGGCGGCGGUGGACACGCUGACGUCAUACCCCGCCUCCACGCUAUUACUGUACAUACCGCAACUGGUGCAGGCGCUGAGGCAUGACACUAUGGGUUACGUGGCGGAACUGAUAAAGUCCUUAGCCAAGAAGUCGCAAGUGGUUGCUCACCAGCUCAUAUGGAACAUGCACACAAAUAUGUACACAGAUGAAGAAAUGCAUAAUAAAGAUCCUGCCCUAUUCGAUAUAUUAGAGAACCUAACGAAAUGUAUAUUGGACACUCUAUCGGGUCCCGCGAAGGCGUUCUACGAACGAGAAUUCGACUUCUUCAGCCAAAUAACGAACAUAAGCGGCAUUAUCCGACCUUUCCCGAAAGGCACUGAGAGGAAACGGGCGUGCUUGGACGCGCUGAAAAAUGUUAAAGUUCAGCCCGGUUGUUAUCUACCUUCAAACCCAGACUCGAUGGUUAUUGAUAUCGAUUAUAAGAGCGGCACGCCCAUGCAGAGUGCAGCAAAAGCCCCGUAUUUGGCGAGGUUUAGGGUCCGCAAGUACGGUAUCGCUGAGAUGGAGGCGGUUGCCAUGGCAAUAGCUGCUGGUGAAGAUCCGCCUUUAGAGGAAGGCAAAGACCGAUACACUGCAAUAGCCUCCGAGACGUGGCAGGCGGCCAUAUUUAAAGUGGGCGAUGACGUCAGACAAGACAUGCUCGCCCUUCAAGUGAUAUCGCUGUUCAAGAACAUAUUCCAGCAAGUCGGCUUGGAUCUGUACCUUUUCCCUUAUAAAGUUGUCGCCACUGCGCCUGGGUGUGGUGUGAUCGAAUGCGUGCCAAAUGCUAAAUCAAGAGAUCAGCUUGGUCGACAAACGGACAUUGGAAUGUAUGAAUAUUUUAUCAAGAAAUAUGGUGAUGAAACUACUAGAGAGUUCCAGGCUGCAAGAAGAUGCUUCGUGACGUCUAUGGCGGCAUACAGCGUGAUAGGGUUCCUUCUGCAGAUCAAGGAUAGACAUAACGGAAACAUCAUGUUGGACACAGAUGGACAUAUUAUUCACAUCGAUUUCGGGUUCAUGUUUGAAUCGUCGCCCGGUGGCAAUCUUGGCUUUGAGCCUGACAUCAAGCUUACCGACGAGAUGGUGAUGGUCAUGGGCGGUAAGAUGGAGGCGCCGCCAUUCCGAUGGUUCUGCGAGCUGUGCGUGCAAGCGUUCCUUGCUGUCAGACCGUAUCAAGAAGCGAUCAUAUCGAUGGUCUCAUUGAUGUUGGACACAGGUCUACCAUGCUUCCGUGGCCAAACAAUCCGUCUCCUUCGGUCUCGUUUCGCCCCCAAUUCGACUGAGAAGGAGGCAGCAGCGUACAUGCUAUCUGUUAUACGAAACUCCUUCCUCAACUUUAGAACGCGAACAUAUGAUAUGAUUCAGUAUUAUCAGAAUCAGAUACCUUAUUAAAAGGAUAGUAUUCGGAAAUAUUGUGUAAGCGAGAUGGAAGAUUGAUUGUGUGCAAGGAAAAGGGAUGGCAUGCUGGUGCAUGGUAAUGUCGGAUUUAAACAUUAUACGCAUGUCGAGUGUUACAGCUCCGUAUUAAGUUCGAUAAUUUGUUUGUAAGAGCGACAAAAUUAGUAUGGGCUCUAUUUAUGCGUCUUCCUUUAUUCUGCUAAUAUUGAUAUCAGGUUUAUUAUUAAGAGAGCAGUUUUUUCAAAUAACAUCGUAAAAAUCAUCAAUAUCGAUAGAAAAUUCGAUAAAACCAAAUAUCUUUCUAUACUAUCGUAGCAGAAGUAUGAAACAUAGACGCUGAAGUGUAAAUUAAGAGUGGUAUAAUAUAAGAAAUUAUAUGGAAUGUGGUUUGAAUAUCCCCCGGAUAGUAAAAAAGGUGUCUUUUGGCUAUUGUGUACUUAGUAAACGUUACUGUUGUCAAUAACUUGUGAUUUUUAUCGAUAUCGAUAUUCAUAUCUUCGACAGGUAACAUUGAAUGUCAUUUAACAUGUUCCUAUUUCAUGAUUUAAAAACAAUUUAAUUUUGAAAUCAGGUCUGUAUGUAAUUUCAAAGUCGAUGGAAAAUGAUCGAUAUGGUACGAUUUAAUUAAUCGAUGUUUAUAUAGAUAUCUAAAUAAAUGUUAAAUGAUUAUUUAUUUUCGAAAUGCCGGUAUAUUGCAAAAAAUUACUAUUACGCUUAAUAGCUUUCUUUAAUCGAAGUUAAUUAGGUAAAAAUGUAUUAAAUGUGACACAAUACGAAGUCCAUUGAUCGUUUUUCUUCAUACAGUUUAAAAUUGGAACAAAUAUAGAAAAUACAAAUUGUUAAUUUUAUUUAUUUUUCUCCGUUUUCAAAUAACUUUUGUCAAUGAAAGUAAAUAGUAUUUUAUCAAUGUUCAGUAGAAACUGAGAAAUAUUUUUUUUCAAGUUCGUUACCAUUAAUGUAUAGGUGAAAAAUAUAAAGCUUUAUCUACGCGACCAUAGUGAACAUAUGUGCAUUUUUAAUUUCAUUUAGUGUUUCUGAACUUCCUCCUUAGCUAUUUAAGUCUCUAAUCGUAUACAAGUUAAUUAAUAAGGUUGGGUUGAAUGUAAGUUAUUUUCAUUGCCAACUUUAACGUCCAUAUAUCAUUUAUAGUUAACAUUAACUAUAAAAUGUGAUAGUAUGGUGAUAAUUUGUCAUAAAAAAAAAAACUUAUUUUCUUAUGUCCAUUAGUUUCCACUGUCGUUUUCUGUCAUAGCUUUAUUUUCUAAAUGUGGCUGAAGUUUAUCUUGGUAAAUUACUAUUAUUUUAUAACAGCGCUACGAGGGAUGCGGCGUAGCGUAGUGUAGUUUUUCUUUUAAUAUCAGAAUUAAGUUUGUAAACCUUGGGUGCAUUUAAAAAAUGCCCACUUUAGCUGUUUAUAAAAUAUUGUUUGCUUGGCCGCGUAGGUGAAGUUAUAGUGGAUGUUCGUUAUAAUUAGAUGUGCGAAAUAAAUAUGUAUUUUACGUAAGUAUCGAUAUAUUUAUUGUACGUAAUGUACUUAGAAAUGUUGUAGACAAAUUCCUAUUUUUGUUAACAAUUAUAUUAAUUGUUAAGUUGUGGAUUGUUAUAAAUUCUUAAGCAUCAAGAAGUACUAAUAUUUAUCGAUAAUCAAACAGAAUUAUAUAAAAUAAAUAAUAUAUAAAACUUCAGUACCAAAUUGCGAAAGUAAUGAAAUAUUAAUGAAUAUCUUAAUUCUUCCAAUCUUAAAUGAUUUAAAAAAUGCUUUAAUUUUUCGCAAAGCUUUGUUCGUUGAAAUCUUAUAAUUGCUAUAAACUUAUUUUUACAGUAUUUAAUGUUGUAGAAUUUAUACAGUCCACAAAUGAAUGUUCGAUUAUAUUCUGAUGAUUCUGAACAAAUCCUAUGAAACAUUCUCGAUUGCCGUGGUAAGUGUUGAGUUGAUGCAUAAUUCUAUUGUAAAUAUGUGAAAGGGACAUUAUUAUUGUUAAUCGGUAUCUAUAUUUUGGACAUUCCUCUGGAUUAUUGUUGUUGGAUUCGAAUAAAGUAUCUGGUAAAGGU